UCUCAUCUCAGACCUCUAACACGAUGUACAGAUCCACAGGCAAUGGUUUAGAUCGCGACGAUGAUAAAGAUCCGCGUGAUGUCACCAAUAACAGUUUUAAUCGCUUUGACCCGAAAUACAUCAGCAUUGGACCGAAAGCAGUUCGUGGUAACAAUAAUUUGAAUGUAGUAGCUGCGGCUACGGCCAGUAAAUGUGCUACCCUACGGCACGUUGGACGUUACGGUGGUUCAUUGAAAGGCACAAGUCCAUCAGCGAAUUUGCGUAACGCCAAAACCCCCUCCAUAGCUACGGUUUCGAAAGACUAUUGCUCUCAGCCUGACUGCAUUACGCAGGCAUACCCAAGCAAUCCUACAGAUGUUGUUGUAACCCAGCCAACUACACAACCACCACCACCGCCUUUACCCCCGCCUAAACCAAAGAAUACGUUCACUGAAAUCCCUGGAACAACCGGUGUGGGCAGCUCAUAUGCCAAAGAACAAUUACAAUUACAGUUACAAAUACAGCAUCAGCAACAGCAAAUCCAACAACAGCAACAUCAGUUACAACAACAACAGCAGCAGCAGCAGCAGCAGCAACAACAACAACAACAACAACCACAGUAUCAAUUACAGGAAAUACAGCAAGCGGCAGUAACACCAACCUUAGCCAACUCUCAGCAGCAAUCAUCGGUGAUGCAACAUCAUCCACCAACUACUCAUAUUUUACCUCCAUCAGCUGUAUACAGUAUUGAAAGCUCUAGUUAUCAACAACUGCAACAGUCCCAGGCCCAGCAAAAGCCACCACCACCAUCUUUAGAUCCACCCAUUCCACUGCCCCCUAAAACACCUUCAGCAACUCCCCGGCCCCUUCCACCACCAACGCAGAUUCAGACGUUACAAUCAGCACCACCCCGUUCACUAAAUCCUAAUUCAAUUGUUAAUCAACCGUUACCGGAAAUUCCCAACCCAGCGACGCUGCAACAACAGCAUCAGCAAUCAAAAAUUUCACCUCAGCCCUUAUGCGCUGCUAAUCUAAAUCAAUAUCGCUCACUACAAAGACCACAAACACAAAAAUUACAAUUGUCAGCUGCUAAUACAGCUGUGCACACUGCUACCCAAUCAACCAAUUUAAACCAACAAACAACUAAUCAGUUGCAGCCUCCUACUUUACCGCCCAAAAAUCGACAUAAAACAUCACCACGGCAACACAAUGCUGGCAGUAGCGAGCUACAUCAACAAAUACCACAAGUCCCGCCACCAAAGCUAAGUAAUUUACGCCAUCAACAACAAUCCUACGAACGAGAACGCGAAAAAGAGCGAGACAGGGAAAGAGAAAGGGAGCGUGAACGUGAACGUGAUAGACACGAACGUCCUCGCCGUUCGGAAACUUUGGAUAACGCACGCUCGAACUCGGGUUAUGGGGAGCAGCAGAGCGCCCAUUUAAAUAUUAGAAAACAAUAUUCUUAUGAUUCGGGGCAACCAAACUCAUACUUUCAUCAACGUCAUUCAUCAUCACAAGUGGCUACUACACCCAAUAACAAUUAUCAUCACUCGACAAGUGCGACAGCUAAACAACAUCAACAGCAGCAACAGCAAUUGUUGGUCGACGCUCAACAGCAAAUGUAUUAUCGAUCUUUAAAACGAGGCGGUUCGCAUGGCAACAAUGACAUGUACUCGGUAACUGAAUUGUAGGAAUGCGCCUGCUGCGGCGGAGGUGUAGAUGUAGUAAGGCGUUCUGCAUGCCAUACCACAUCUGGCACUUCAGCCGUAGCAAUGGCCGGCAGCAACCAUAGCACAGUUGUGACCUCUACCGCGCCCAUCCCUUUACCCCCCAAAAAACAUCGCUCGUCGUCGCGUAGCAGAGACAGUCAGGAAACGUCAAUUCCAGCUGUGGUGUGUAAUGCGAAUACAUGCAUUGACCACGAAUACGAUGAAUAUUGUCCGGGAGCUUACGAGUCGCAGCAAUCCGGUAUACAACGUCAAUCUCAUUCUGCAGUAACAGCCGCAAAACAUCAUCAACGUGCUGCCACCUUCGACGUGGCUGACGCGAGAGAAUAUGAAUUACGCAGGUUGGGUAAUCGGCGCUCCCAAAGUCAAGUCGCAAAUUUGAAAUAUCGCAAUGGUGGCCUUAAUGUCAUGGAUCAUCAUCGAGGGGAACGCACACAUGAUCGUGAACGCAGUCGAAGUGAUCACCGCAUAGGUUCGUACACAUAUGACGAUACAAUUAUAAAUGGUGCUAUGACACAUGCAUUCAGCAGCAGUAUAACCAAUGGUGGCAUAAAUCAUCAUCAGACAUCACACCACUUAAAUCAGUCAUCAGAUAUACCACAGCAACCACCACUGCAGCAACCGCACCAACAACAGAGACAACAACAACGGCGUGAAAAAACAUUUAAAGUAUGAUUUUUAGAGACGUCAUAAAAAUUUAUCCCCACUGCUGAGGGGUCACCGCCACCCAAACGGGUGCAAACCAUUUAUGUGGCAACUUGGUAGGAUUAAUUAGCCAAUUAAUAACAUUAGCUAACUAAGCCACAUAACUGGUUGAGUCACGGUGACUAGAAAAUGCUUAACCAAGGUGGUGGUGGACAUUGGGUACGGUCUUCUAAUAAUAAUUUAUUAUAACAAAAAGUGUGUGGAUAGCUCCCAAUGUACUUUUGCGUUGCCAUUGUAUGUUAGUUACGUAGUUUAAUUGGAUGUAAUUAUGUAAUAAUGCCUCUUGUUUUUUUUUUCGUUUUGUGUUUUUUUGAAAUUUGUUGCUUUGUUAUAAAUUAUGCUAAAACUAUAUCAAUUGUAGCUAUAGUGGUAAGAGUCGAGUUGUGAAAUUGUGACAUACACGCUAUCUCUAUAUGUUUCUUCCUCGAUCGUCCUUUUAACACACCAUUAUCAACAAGAACAACAACAAUAAUACCACACAUAUACAAAUAAUUAUCAUCAAUUAAUUUAUCUAAAAUAAAGUAUGAUGUGUCGUCUAUUUGCUGCCCCCCUUUCAAA